CUCCGUUAUCCUGGACAGGACUCGCGUCCAGGAAAAUCAGCGAGGAAACGGCAAAGAUAAGUGAAACACUACAGCAGCAAGAAAAUACGUGCAUUCCUGAAGGAAAUAUUCAUGGACAGGGAAUUUUCCAGUGAGUUUUAGUGAGAAAAUUGACUUUCCGGUGAUCGUUGUGGAGGUUUCUGUUUAGGAGAAUUGAAUAAAGUAAACAUUGGGACUCAACGCACGACCUGUUCCCCACCAAAAAUUAGAAAAAUUAAAUUAAAAUGCCUCUGGACAAGGCAGUGUCCACAGAAGACCUAUGCAUAGAAGACAUUCCAACUGCCAUAGGAGUCUUAAAAUUGGACGCCAUACUAAACACACUGGUGGAGAACAAAGUCGAAUCGAUUAAACAUGAAAACGGAAAGAAAUCAAGUCUCCAGUCGAGUCCAAAAAACCUUUUUAACAAACUCAAAUGUCACGCGUCGCCAAAAACGACUUUGAAGAUUGAAGGUGAGAAGAAGAAAGGCACGAAGCGUAAAGAGAAGAAAGACAGAUCGCCCAAAGCGGUUCCUGGAAGCAAACAGUUCAAACGACAAGUUUUAAGACAAGAAACAUCAUCACCAGAUAGUCAAAUUCUUCAUGGAGAAGAUGCUAGUAAAUAUCCUGGAAAUAGCUACCAAUUUAAGAGCACAGCUUGUAUGGAAGCAGGCUGUCAAUCACAUACGUGUUACUGUAACAGAGAUCAUAUUCCAGUAUCAAUGCAACUUAGCGACGAGUACAUAUCGAUCAAGAUGGACGGCUACGGCGACAUAGAAACAGAUGCCAUCAUAGCCCGCGAAGAGAUGCGCAGAGCGCGAAAAAAGCGGCGCAGACGUAGGAAACGGCGGCUGAAGCAGCGGCUGGCCCUCAACCCCCACCUGGUGGACACCCUGGCCAGGGACAACGAAAGUUUCAAAGUGCUUAACGACGACGAGCUGCCCCCCAGGGCCAAAUGGACCAUCGUGGCCACCGCUUGCCUCCUAAUGUUCAUGUGCCUGAUGCUGGUCGGGAUCACGCUCAGGAUGGCGCCUAUCAUAGACGAACUCGUUCGAGAAGAGAACGAAAAAUUGAUGAAUUCCCUGUCAAAUGCGGGAAAUACGUCAGCGGCGUCCGUCCACAGAAACAGGAGCCUGCGAUAAAAGCACUAUACAGUGGCGUAGUCGAUUCUACAAUGAGAAAAUCAUCUCAAAAAAAAAUAUCUGUUCAUGAUCAGUGUCAAUAAUGUUUGGACCACUAUAUAAUUUACGGUUAAAAAUUUAUUAGAAUUUAUUAUUUUCUUAUAUUUUUAUACUUUAAACGUCAAAUUUUUAAAAACAGUUAUGUAUAUCCUAGACUAGCAUGUUUUUUUUUUAAAUAGUAGUCAUACAAAACAUUGUGUUUUAUCAGUAUAUACCAACUUGCUAAUUUAUUUAAAAGAAUAUAUUAUUUUUGUAAUUCUUAUAAACACUAAAGACUCAAAGGUAAGUAAUAUUUAGAUGAUAUUACUUAUUACAGAAUUAUGAAUAGAUUAAAUAAACUUACGUGUAUGUUUGAUAGAAUUUUUUUUUGUUUUAUAUUGUAUGAUACAACGAUGCAAUAUAAUUAAUUCAUACACAUAACUAGUCUCCAAGUCUACCUACACAUUACGUUUUAAUUGAUACCUACGUUUUGCCUGAACGGGUAAGACUGACAGGUAAAACCUUAGGUGUAGACGGGGCUUUACCUUAAUAGUGAUUGUAAUAAAUAUUGUUACCAAAAGAAAAUUGUUACUCAUCUUCUUAACUUUAUUGUAUUGUUGCAUCAUACAGUAUAUAGUAUUUAAAGAAACCAAUACAAUGAAAUGAAUAGUUGUUGUGACCUCUGUUAAGUUAUCCCAAUAAAUAAUAAGAAAAACCUUUGAUAUAGAACUGAAUUAAACCCUUCAAGGGUAAUAUUUAUCAAAUACCAUACAAUCGAGAAAAAAAAACAGCGUCAAAUACGGCUAGAGAAUGACAAUCGACGACAAUUUUCACGAGGCCAAGCCCUAAACGUCUGGAAUCGUUCUAUUCUUUUUUAAUCUUUUGAAAAGAUUUAUGUCAAUUUUUGUCAAUCUAGAGACUGACCUCGAUAAAAUUAUCACCUAUUUUCAUUUCCCAGCCGUCUUUGACGCCUUUUUUUUAUCAUACGGUACAACUAUAUGUUUAUAUCAAAUGCAAAUUCUUCUCUAUUGGGAUAAAAGUUGUUGUGAUUAGAUAAAAUAUAUAAGAAUCAUGGAAAACCUUUUAAAAAAAUAUUACUUCUACUGUAAGCAGGGUUAAAAAGACUAUAUUUUAGCAAAUGUUGACGUUUGUUAAUGUCUAUUAAAAUAAUAAUAAAAUUUUAUUUGUUGAUCAGUGAUGAUUUUUGUGCAAUGUUGCCACACCUAGUGGCGUUCUAAAUACAUAGCUAUAACGCACAAACUUAAACAUAUAAAUAAACAAAAAGACAGUUAAAAAACAUGUUUUUGUCAAAUUUUGGCAAUAAUUCUAAACAAAAGACUUUGAACUUAACGUUUUUCCUUUCUUCGGUGUGUACUCGUAUUUAGAUGUAAGACAAUCAAAAUAAAAUUUAAAUCAAGUGGGUUUGCUCAAAAAAGAAAAUUAAUGAAAUUUAUUAAUAUAUAACCUCUAAUUAUUCAAAUCAAAGUAAUUAUAAAACUAUCACCGAUGUUGUCCUGUAUUUGUUAUUGCCACAACAAAUAAGUUAUAACUUAUACAGAAAAAAAUAAUAUUUUUUAUAUUUUACGAAGAAAAAUAUACCAAGACAAUGUUUUUUUUUUACUUAAACUAAAUAUAACCAGACAAUCAAAGUAAAUACUAAACAAUGUAAAUUAAAAAAGAUCGCUUAUAUUUUUAUUUAACGGAAACUUCUUUGGAGGUUGAUUUUCAAGAUCUAUAAGAAAAUAUAUGUGUAUUAUUUGAUUACUUCCAAAGAAGCCUUAAUUUUUUGUGUCAAAAUAUCUAAAUAAAUGUUUUC